AUGCUUCUCGAUGAAGAUCCCGCAACACUCAUCCACCACACAAUCGGAAACUUUAACAUAACACCAGACAAGCUCGCCGUAUCUCGUAUCAAUGAAUCCCUUUCAACCUUGCAACAGGCGCGCGAGCUACGUGUUCGUGAAGCAGACAGCGCUUUAAAAAAACUCUCUCGCACCCUCACAACCCUCAACAACCACCACAACGAGACCAUCUCCUCUCACUCCUCCAUCGCGCACGCCUCCGAAAUAGCGACACUCGACACGCAGAAAUUCCGCAUCGCAAAGACAGCUAACGACCUGGAAAUCGAAUCCGAGCGCCUGUCCUCGCAACUCGCUGACUUGCAAUCUCGACUGCAGGAGCUAGAGCAGCAAGGUGUGGAAGGAGGCGAUAAUGUGAAAAGAGGACUGGUGGAUGACGAGAUUGGACUCAAGUUGAAGGUUUAUCGCGGCUUGGGGAUCGAUAUUGAGAGGGAUAGUGAGGGGGGAGAGUAUAAUAAGGCGAUCGUGAGGAAUGGGAAGGAGGGGGAUGUGCAUAUUGUUAAUAUGGAUGGGAAGUUUUCAAGGUUCUUUUAUGCGAAUUACUUUUGGAAUACGCUGUGA